AUGGCAUAUGAACAAGUUCAAGAAGCCUCCAAGUUCAGGUCAAGAUGUAUUUAUGAUGUUUUCUUGAGUUUUAGGGGUGAAGACACUCGCAAGACUUUCACUAACCAGCUCUAUGAGGCUUUGGUUGAUGUGGGUCUUCGUACUUUUAAGGAUGACAAUGAGGUUGAAAGUGGAGAGAACAUUAACUCUGAACUGGAUAAAGCUAUCCAUCAGUCAAAGGGAUCAGUCAUUGUUUUGUCGAAAAACUAUGCAUCUUCCAGCUGGUGCCUUGAUGAGCUUGUGAUGAUCCUGGAGAGCAAGAAGAACAGAGGACAUGUCAUUCUUCCUGUUUUUUACAAUGUUAAUCCGUCUGAUGUUGGAAAUACAUUGGGGAGCUUUGCUAUAGCAUUUGCUCGACAUGAAAACCGAUUAAUGGAAAAUUCUGAAGAUAAUCAAGCAUGGGCUAAGAGGAUCGAAGGGUGGAGGAAAGCACUCAAAGAAGUUGCUAGUCUUGGGGGGAUGACUUUACAGGGCCAAAAUGAAAGGAAAGAGUCAACAUUUAUUGAGAAAGUCAUCAGAGUAAUUGAAGAGAAAAUAAAUCGUUCAGUUAUAGGCAUUGCAUCCUAUCUCACUGGAAUAGAUUCUCGGGCUAAAGACCUUAAUCUGUGGUUGAAUAAUAGGACUGAUACAGUUAGCGUAGCUGGAGUUUGUGGGAUGGGCGGAAUAGGAAAAACCACAAUUGCCAAGUAUGUCUUCAACAUAAACUACGCGGAUUUUGAAGGAAGCAGUUUUCUUGAGAACAUAAGACAAUAUUCUGAAUAUGCAGAUGGACUAAUACAUUUACAGAAACAAUUUCUUGCUGAUAUUCUGAAUGGACAGAAGAAGGAAAUUCAGAACGUUCAUGAAGGGAUCUAUCAUAUCAAAGUAGCUGUGUAUGGGAAAAGAAUUUUGGUCAUUCUAGAUGACAUUGAUAGACUAGAGCAAUUGAAUGCUGUCCUAGGGAUGCGAGAUUGUUUUCACCCUGGGAGUAGAAUAAUCAUAACUACUAGGCAUUGGGAGUUGUUAAGAGCUUACGAAAUUGACAAGGUCCACUUUGUAGAAAAGUUGAGCAAAGAAGAAUCAUUUCAGCUAUUCAGUUGGCAUGCCUUUGGAGAAAACCAGCAAACUGAAAAUUACCAACAGCUUUCAGAAAGAGUGAUAAAACACUGUGAAGGACUUCCCCUAGCUCUUCAACUCUUGGGGUCUUCUCUGUCUGGAAAAUCUGAAAGAGUAUGGGAAAGUGCACUCAAUAAAUUGGAAGCAAUCCCUAAUAGUCAAGUGGCUUUAAAGCUAAAAAUAAGCUAUGAUUCAUUGCAAGAUGAUCAUGACAGAAACGUAUUCCUAGAUAUUGCUUGUUUCUUUGUUGGAAAGAAUGUAAACAUUGUGGCUACAAUUCUUGAAGGUUGUGGUUAUUAUGAAAUAGUUGGUAUCCAGAAUCUAAUCGACAGGUUUCUCCUAACCGUUAAUCAAAAUGAGAAAGUUGUGAUGCAUCAGUCUGUCAUAGAUAUGGGGAGAGAAAUUGUGAGGCAAGAAUCAACGAGGAAUGCUGGAAAACGUUCUAGAUUGUGGUACUACAAGGAUUGCAUCAAAGUCUUGGAAGAAAAGACUGCCACAGAUACUAUACAAGGAUUAAGCCUCUCUGUUUCUAUGAAGAAAGGUAAACCACCUAUGAUAAUUUCUGGCAAGAAUAUUGCAACAGAGUACCUUUUGGAGUAUGCUGAUAUUAUUCGAAAAGCAAAGUUGGCAUCUGAAGCAAAUUCAGUAAAGAGGCAGACCCAUAGCAGUUUCUUCCCUUGGCCUCCCCAAAACUCUGUAGGAUCAACUCAAAUAGUGCUGCAACCAAAAAGACAAGAGUUUGAUAUGGAUGCAUUUUCAAGAAUGCAUGGACUAAGACUGCUGCAACUUGAUAGAACAUUGCUCAGGGGAAGUUACAAGGAAUUCCCCAGAAAGCUAAGAUGGCUAUGCUGGCGCAAUUUUCCAUACAAACAGAUACCAGAUGAUCUUUCACUGGAGAGCCUGGUUGUUCUACAGAUGCGCUAUAGCCAACUGAAGCACAUUUGGAGUGGAACCAGGUUCCUAAGACGACUGAGAAUCCUUGAUCUGAGUAAUUCAAGUUACCUCUCUAGAAGUCCCAACUUUACAGAGCUUCCUAAUCUUGAGAGGUUAUUUCUCAAGUAUUGCACAAGGCUGAUAGAGAUUGAUGAAUCAAUCGGGCAAUUGAAUAAUUUGUUUCUGUUGAACCUAACCGGCUGUGAAAACCUCAGGGGACUUCCAACUAGUGUAGGUGAUCUAAAGUCGCUAGAAAGGCUUUUCUUAUCUGGCUGCUCCAAACUUGACUGGUCAUCUGUACCUUGGAGAAAUAUGCAAUCUCUGAAGCAACUCUAUGCAGAUAGGACUGCAAAAGGUGAAGCACCUUCGCCCACGGGUGUGGCUAACAUAUUGGGGUCAGUCUUUUGCUCACUUUUGCCGAAACCAAGAGAUGAUUCAACUUCUAUCAGUUUCUCACUGGCUUUACUGCCACGGUCAUUGCAAAUUUUAGAUCUUGCUGAUUGCAAAAUAACAGAUGAUAUUAUUCCAAAUGAUCUUGGCCAUCUCUGUAUGCUGGAAGAAUUGAUUCUUAACAAAAAUCCAAUAACUACCCUACCAAAGGGCAUCAAAAAUCUUGCUCACCUUCGAUCACUUCAGAUGGCACAAUGUGAAAAGCUUCAGUUUCUUCCAGAGCUUCCAGAGACUUUAAAUUCCUUGAGUGUCCACGAAUGCAGAUCCUUAGAAGUGAUAACAAAUUUACCAAACUUGUUGACAUCCUUAGAUUUUCUUGGAUUUUACUGUGGAAAACUAAAAGAGGUUCAGGAACUCUUCAAAUUAAAACCCAUUGAGAACUGUGAUUCUAACCUGACCAGUAUGUUCAGCCUGGUGGACUCAGAAAUCCUGAUUAAGGUCCACGUAAAUUUGUACAACUUCCUCACUUUGACAAGAUGGAAAGGUCCCAUCCAGGGACUCUACGAGUUUGGCAUUUUCAGCAUUUCUCUCCCCAUAAAUGAGAUGCCACAGACAUUUACAUAUCGGAGUACAGGAAAUCCAAUACAUUUCAAUGUGCCUUCAGUGCCUCAUCUACACAUUCAUAGUUUAAAUAUUUGUAUUAUCUAUAAAAAUAGUGACAUAAGCAUCAUAAACCAUGAAGACGGAUUUUGGAAUGAAAAUCGCAUUACAAUCAACAAUAAGACUAAGGAUCUAAACUGGACCUACAGUCCAGUGAUAAUGGGCAUUCCAUAUCAUGAUGAAGGUAUAACAUGGUUAAGCCAAUGGAAGAUAGGACAGUACCUGGAUAGAGAUGAUAGAGUCAGGAUUUCUGUCGCGUUGAUGCAUGGCUCACAGUUGGAGGAGUUCGGAGUCCAAAUUGUGUACGAGGUAAAUAGAGGCAAUGCUGGACAAAUAUAUCCUUAUCGGUCUCAACAUCUCAUUAAUGGAGUUGAUAUCUCUGCUUUCGAAGUGACCAGAGGCUCUUACUUUCUUUGUCAUCAUGAUCUCGAUACCUACCAAGAAAACUCAAAGAACGAUGGUUGGCGCACCAAUGGCUGGUUGGAUUUCUUAUUCAAGGAUUCAGAAGAAGAAACAAAUACAGAUGCUGCAACUUCUGGUUACAUGCUGAAAGGAAGAGAUGAUUAA